GUCUGUCACUCAACACCCCAGUUUCUCCUCCUCCUUGCCUGGCAUCAGACUGGUUUGUGUGCCGACCUUGUUCCAGCGACGAGCUACCCCCAAAAGCCAGCUGUUUGCAGCGCAUACAUUUUUGGCAUUAGCCACCGGUCCGGGCACGCAUUUGACCCCCUCUUUCAGGGCUGUGGUAGUGUAGCCUUAUAUUUUACCGUGAAAAUGAGCCAGGGCGUGAUGGGGUGCUGCCCUGCUAUCGCUAGCUAGGCGGACAAAUUCCUUCAACCAGCUCGCUGUUCCAAUCACUGCGGGUUGACACAACAUUAGCUGAGGCGUUGUUAAGUGAGCUAGCGGGCUAGCAAGGUUGUAGCCGUUCCGUGUAAUUUAUCCUACGGUAGCUAAUGUCGUUAAAAACGGACGCAUUUCUGCGGCGUAAAUAGUGCAAUAACGGCAAUCACUCUAACGUUAGCUUACUAGCACUACUUUUCACUUGCGCUAACUAGCUAGCUAACGAGAUUCAACAGAAAUCAACUGUUACGCGUUUGGAUGUCAAGACACUGCAGUUUUGAACCACUUUUGGGCGAUUGUGGAGAAAACAUUUGACAACAGUGACAGAUGCAAAGAUAUAAUUGGACCAGCGAAUGAGAAGAAGGUGUUAAUGAUAUCAACUAAGUGGCUAAUCUGCGGCAGUAAUUUUAACAUUAGCCGUAUUAAGGUAGACCAUCUCUGGGAGGCCCCAUCGUCUCCUGACUCCCUCCCCCUGUCCGAAUCUCCUGUGAUUUGCCGAGAACACCCGGGUGAAGUCGCAUUUGCUCUCGGCUUGGGGGGACGACUUGACAGCGAGGCCCCUUAGCUAGUAUCCCCUCCCCCCAGUCCCAUCUAUCCGUCCAGCCCGACAGACCCACCCCUGAGAUCGAAGCAAAGACCGGGGAUUCGGGAUAAGCUGAAACCGUGUGCCGAGGUCCCGUCUUAACCGGGCUGCCAAAACUAGAGGGGAUGACUCUGGAGUCCAUGAUGGCUUGCUGCCUGAGCGAAGAGGCGAAGGAGUCGAAACGAAUCAAUGCAGAAAUUGACAAACAACUCCGCCGAGACAAGCGAGACUCCAGGAGAGAGCUGAAAUUACUUCUUCUCGGUACGGGAGAAAGUGGCAAGAGCACCUUCAUUAAGCAGAUGAGGAUCAUUCAUGGAGCCGGGUACUCAGACGAAGAUAAGAGAGGCUUCAUCCGGCUUGUUUACCAAAACAUCUUCACCUCUAUGCAGGCCAUGAUCCGCGCCACUGAGACCCUCAAGAUCCCCUACAAAUUUGAACAGAAUCGGUCUAACGCCAUGAUCGUCAAGGAGGUGGACAUCGAGAAGAUCAGUGGGUUUGACUUUCACUUCAUUGCAGCUAUCAAAUGCCUUUGGUCCGACCCGGGCAUCCAGGAGGCCUACGACCGCCGCCGGGAGUACCAGCUCUCUGACUCCACUAAAUAUUACCUUAGUGAUAUAGACCGUGUGACUGCGGAGGGAUACGUUCCCACCCAGCAGGAUGUGCUGAGGGUCCGUGUGCCCACCACGGGUAUUAUAGAGUACCCGUUUGACCUGGAGAACGUCAUCUUCAGUUAUCUUUCCGAUCUGGAUCGUAUUGCAGAUCCCGGCUAUCUUCCCACUCAGCAGGAUGUGCUCAGGGUGCGCAUCCCCACUACAGGAAUCAUAGAGUACCCAUUCGACUUGCAAAGCAUCAUUUUCAGGAUGGUGGAUGUAGGGGGUCAGAGGUCAGAGAGGAGGAAGUGGAUUCACUGCUUCGAGAACGUCACCUCCAUCAUGUUCCUCGUGGCGCUGAGCGAGUACGACCAGGUCCUGGUGGAGUCCGACAACGAGAACCGUAUGGAGGAGAGUAAAGCUCUGUUCAGGACUAUCAUCACCUACCCCUGGUUUCAAAACUCCUCCGUCAUCCUCUUCCUCAACAAGAAGGACCUGCUAGAGGAGAAGAUCUCCUACUCACACUUGGUGGACUAUUUCCCAGAGUUUGAUGGUCCACAGAGAGAUGCACAGGCAGCGCGGGAGUUCAUCCUCAAGAUGUUUGUGGACUUAAACCCCGACAGCGACAAGAUCAUCUACUCUCACUUCACCUGUGCCACGGACACUGAGAACAUCCGCUUUGUGUUUGCAGCUGUCAAAGACACCAUCCUACAGCUCAAUCUCAAAGAGUACAACCUGGUGUGAGGGCCCUACGUACGACGCACAUCUCCUCCCCAUUGCACAAAUGCACACCUCUUUGGGAGUGUGCACUCAAGUUCACAUGCAUUACACAGCACACCAUGCCGGCACACACACAAACACACACCAACAGAAUCCUUACCUUUUUUUUUCUCCACUACAGUACAUUCGCAAACCUCCCACAUGCAAACGCCGCCCCUCCUCUUUCACCUAAGCUCUCCCUCUGUCGCUCGGCAGCUUGUUUGGUGUUUGUGUGUGUGUGUGUGUGUAUUUGGGGCAGUAUUGACUAGCGAGGAGCUGAGUUUUGGUGAAUAACUGCAUCAAACUCUUUGGCCGUUCGGAGUUGACCCUCUGUGGUGUGAGAUAAGAUCCUCGUCCUUUCUGAGCUACUAUCGGUGCGGAAGGAGGUGAAUACUCUUUCUCCUGAAACCUACUAAGAACUAGCGAGUUGCUUCUUGGGACAGAGUGACCCGGACAGGAAGUGAGGUUGCACACCGGACACAAGGGGUCGGGGCUGAGGAUUCUGUCUCCAUCUCGCAUCCAUGAAUGUACCCAACAGUGUGAGCAUUGCAAUCGCAAAAAAAUAAAAUAGAUAUGAAGUAAAUGCAUAUGUAACACACUUAAGACAAAAGGCACGAGAGGGCAAGUCAUAGCUAAUCAAAAUCUGUUCUUUGCUGAGUUUAAAAAAAUGUUUUUAAUGAUAGAUAUGUGUUGCUACGUCUACUUAUAUUUAACAAAUAAUGGCUAAAUGGAAUGAUGAUGAGAAGUGGUAAGAAAAUCUAUAAAAAACAUUUAAACUAAAGACAUUUGAGAGAGAAGCAACCAGAAAUGUACUUGACAUAAGUAUCCUUUAAAAGUUUCCGUGGGAUUGUUUUUCUAAGUCGAUCACAUCGCUUCCCUCCAGAUGUGUUCUGUAUAGAUUCACUGGGACAAUCUUCCAUGUGACCUUCACAGCAUCUGGCUCCACUGAUACACCCCGACACCCUUAUUACAAAACACUAGUAGCGGAAGAGAGCACCCUGCUUUCAACGCAGGCUCUGCUCUGAUUGGUGGAAGCAGUUGUUGAGGGGUGCGUGAUGUCAUCAGUGUUUAUCAGCCCAAAGAGCACAUCUGCAGCUCGGGCUGCAAGUAGCUUAUUCAACUAAAUGAAAGCUGUAAAUGAAACGCACUCACACCCCGGAUGUGAAUGGGAUCCAUGCGGUAACAUCUCUGACGUCACACCUGCGUCACUCAGCCGUCCAAUCAGACUCACUCCCUGGCGGUGAUAUAGUCAUCACGUCAGGAUGUGCUUCUGUUUACUUUUUUUUUUUACUGUAUAGUCACUUUGUUUAUAAAGAUUGCUUGCUUUUGAGUGGUGGGGGGGGGGGGGCAAACCUUUCACAGAAAACACACUCUGAAGUCUGCAAAACAUUGUUUGUGUAUAUUUGUUUGUAAAUACAUAUACACGAAACACUCCUGUACAAAAACGCUCUGUGGUACACCAUCUUUGGCAAAAAACUAACAAAAAAAAGAAAAAAUGAUCAACUUCUUUCAUUAGCAAACAGUUUUUUCCUAUGAAUUUAUGGUAGUAGUUAUACUGUGAUUAUGGAUUUUGUUCACUUUAUUAAUAGGACUACACAGCUGUUGAGGAAACUAUGGAGCAGUAGUCGGAGAGAAGAGGCUCCACCAACAGCCUCACGCUCCAGCGCUGGCUCCAGAGUGUACUCACUAGGGCUGGUAAAAAUCUUCACAGUGUGGUGAUGAGAUGAUUUUAAGAGUAAUUAAAGAUUUUUUUUUUAUUUAUCUAAUUUAUGGACCAGGUUUGAAGGUGUUGAUAAUUUGACUGCUUUUGAUUCUGUCAUGUUGAAGUGCUCCUUUUCUCACGGUGGAGCCUACUUGAGUCUGAUCUGCUGUAUAAAAAAAAACGACAAAAAAAACCCGAAUGUCUGGUAUAGUAAGGACUUUAUCUCUGCUUUCUAUUUCUUAUUGAGACAUUUCCAGUUGUACUUCGCCAUCACAUCUCCAUCCAUGAUAAUACUGUUUGGUUUUCUUUAGGAGCCCUCACAUUUGUUUUGUUUGAUUUUAAAAAAAGGAAGAAAAAAAAAACAAAAAAACUUGUAUUUCCUCUCGGUUUAUAGACGCAGCGCUGUAAUGCAUACCUAGAAAAAUGUACAGUACGAACGUAGGUGGACUUUUUUAUCAGUGAUUGAUGACCCACGCGGUCCAUGCUUGCUAUUUGUAAUUUAACACAAAACUUCUGUUGUCGUUUUUGCAUUGUUGAUUUCCAGUUUUUUGAGGCUUGCUUUGAUAGUGCCAGUGAAGUGCAGAUAUACUUUUUUGGUCUUUGACCUUUUCUACAGGUGACUUAUCCUUCAUCCUCAUUAAGGGCUAUCACAGUGCAUCAGGCAUCAGACAGCGGGGAGUGGAGUAUAGGACCACAGUGAACCAAGUCAUCCACUACUUAACCUUGUUUAUAAAUGGAGAAUACUUGCAGUAUGUGCUAUAAGAAGUAUAGGCAGGGUGUUAAUGUAAACAUAAGAUGUGUGUUUUGAGAGAUUACCAACACUAAAACCCUUUUCUUUAUGUCUUUCUUCAUGCAUCUGGCCUUUUGGUUAAAAUAAUUUGGUAUGACAGUGUUACCUGUAACACCUAAUGCAGUAUAAAGACACUUAUCACUAAAGACACCACUACCAGGACAAGUAUUGCAUGUUUCCCCAAGUAUUUGACUAAAUGACCAUUCUCGGGACUCUGCAUGUUUUAACCGAUUAGCUACAAACCUUGUACUUUAUUGAUGACCAUUUCUCCAGUUCCUACAUUGAUUUACUACUUGCAGCUUAUGGCUUCAGUUCAUACCAAUAAGGCUUGACUCUGAGAGAGAAUCUAUGCCACAGAUGACAUUUAGUCAUUUUUCUUUCUUUGUGCAAUGAUUUGCUGGUGUAGUUGUGCCUCAGAGAUUCCUUGUUAUUGCACUCAAAGACGCUCUGUACCAGGAGAGAAAACGUUUGAAAUGGUACAUUUCUUCUUAGCUGGUCAGAGUACCAAUCCAAUAAUAUCCCUCAAUCUUUUUACCAAAUUUAAAUCUGUAUACCACACUGUGGAACCAUUAUAACCUUGGUUUUAAAAUGGCUAACUGAUUUGCAUUUUGGAUUGGUGCACCCUUGCAGCUUUUAAAAAUAAAUAAAAUCAUUCCUAUCCACUACAUUACCUGCAUUCAAACCAAAACAUGACUAAAUGUUCUCUGCGGCCUAUUUCAAACCACUUUGUCACUCAGAAGAUGAACUAACUCCAGAAGCUAUUCGAAAAGAAGAGCAUCAAUCUAUACACUUAAUUAAAAGUUUGAACACUAUGUUAAUUGGGCUAAAAUAUGUUAUUUCGAAACACCAGUGUGGUCUUUAACUAUCAUUAUGUCUGCUGAAAAGGACACUAACCUUGAGCGUAAGAAAGCAGACAGCCAACUGUUAACACUGCUGUCAUAAAGAGGAUGCCAGUAUUUAAGUGGAGCGAUAUACCAGUAUGGAUAACCCAAGUAUUUAUCAGUAGUUGUGAUUUACUGUGUGUUGAGUGCAGCUCACUUUAAUGGAGAAGAACCAUGUUGUAUUUUAAAACUUGACACUACAACUCUGGCACAUGGUGAAGGGCGACUGGCUGUUAAUGUGGGUUUGGUAGUGAGUUUAGCAGCCGAGUGUUGCACUGUGUGCUUUUGACACUUUUUAUCAACAUAUAUGCGCUGAAGAGAGGGAAGGCAAGACUGUAAAGAAACCUCAACCUCCUUCUCAUUUUGUCUGUUUUGAGCAAUGACCACACACUCUUAUUUAUUGCCUUUCAUUGCCUUGAAUAAUGAAAGAUGGUGUUGCCGGCCCUCGGUGGUUUCGGAGCUCGCUCUGUGACCUUCUUGGGUGGCCGUGGUUGUGUGAUUUCUCUUCCUGCAGGCUUGUUAAAAUGAGUGGAAUCAAAAUGAUCUUUCAACAUCAGUGUGGAGUCAGUGCAUAUUCAAAACGUUAAUCUUAUUCCCUUUUUUGUGUUUUUAAUUUCCUGUAUGAUAAAGAAAACAUUACCAGAACUCUAUUAUUUAGGACCACUUGAUUUGUUUUUCCUCACUCCAAUUAAACCUGAAGGUCAAUUGUGUAGUGGUGUAUAAAAUACUGUUUUUUUUUCUGUAUGUAAACCAAAUGUAAAUUAUGUAUUAUACUGAGUGUGCCAACCCCACUCUCUGUAGAGCCAGGCUCUCUCUAAGUGCCAACGCUGUGGUCAUCAUCAGAGGACCACCACCUGAGAUGGUCUCCCCUUUUUAAAUAAAACACACCAGAGACUAAAAGGAUAGUUGAUUAAGUACACACAAAGACUUUAUUCUGUAUUUAAGAUUGAAGAUUUAAAAAAUAAUCUGCUGUUUUUUUAAGAAACUGUAAUUAUAAUUGCAUGUGCUGUUUAUUUUGUGUUGGAAGUGAGGGCUUUGAUGUUUCAUUGAAGCAGGGAGCCCUGAAUGAAGGGGGUUCAAUCAGUUGGUUAUUAUCGAUUAUUGAUUUACAUAACUCUUGCCAUAUUUUUUUAUGUGUUUCAUGUAUUUGUUUCAACCACUGUUGCCUGAUCCUCAUUCAAACAUGAACAUGACUUAUGAUCAUUGCCGCCUUCUAAGAGAGAAACAUAAUGACAAGGUAUCUGUUUUAAAUUGAAAUAAAUUUGUUCCUAUACUUGCUCAUGGUG